GCUACAGGCUACAAGAUGGCAGUCAGCGUGGAUGAGAUGAGAGGAACUAUAACUGUCCACAAAACAGACUCAUCCAAUGAGCCUCCCAAGACAUUCACCUUUGACACAGUGUUUGGACCAGAGAGUAAACAGCUGGAUGUCUAUAAUUUAACUGCAAGGCCUAUCAUUGACUCUGUGCUAGAAGGAUACAAUGGUACUAUUUUUGCAUAUGGGCAGACUGGAACAGGCAAAACGUUCACCAUGGAAGGGGUCCGAGCAGUUCCUGAGCUUCGAGGCAUCAUCCCCAACUCCUUUGCCCAUAUAUUUGGUCACAUUGCUAAGGCAGAGGGGGAUACAAGGUUUUUGGUUCGUGUAUCUUACCUGGAGAUCUACAAUGAAGAAGUGAGGGACUUGCUGGGAAAAGACCAGACUCAGAGAUUAGAGGUCAAAGAGAGACCUGAUGUGGGAGUUUAUAUCAAAGACCUUUCAGCUUAUGUCGUAAACAAUGCAGAUGAUAUGGACAGGAUCAUGACUCUGGGCCACAAGAACCGUUCAGUGGGUGCCACCAACAUGAACGAGCACAGCUCCCGCUCGCACGCCAUCUUCACCAUCACCAUCGAGUGCAGCGAGAAGGGGGUGGAUGGGAACAUGCACGUGCGCAUGGGCAAGCUGCACCUCGUUGACCUGGCUGGUUCUGAAAGGCAGGCAAAAACUGGAGCCACGGGGCAGCGGCUGAAGGAAGCCACCAAGAUCAACCUCUCUCUUUCCACGCUGGGCAAUGUCAUCUCUGCACUGGUGGAUGGCAAGAGCACCCACGUGCCCUACCGCAACUCCAAGCUCACCAGGCUCCUCCAGGAUUCCCUGGGGGGCAACUCCAAAACCAUGAUGUGUGCAAACAUUGGGCCAGCAGACUACAACUACGACGAGACCAUCAGCACUCUCAGGUAUGCCAACAGAGCCAAGAACAUCAAGAACAAGGCCAGGAUUAAUGAAGAUCCCAAGGAUGCUUUGCUCCGCCAGUUCCAAAAGGAAAUUGAAGAGCUGAAGAAAAAAUUGGAAGAAGGGGAAGAGAUCUCUGGCUCUGAGACCAGUGAUUCUGAAGAGGAGGACGAAGAUGACGAAGGGGAGAUUGGAGAGGAUGGGGAGAAGCGGAAGAAGCGUCGGGGCAGUAGCAGCAGCAGUAGUUCAGACUCCACAUGCUCUGUCAUAGAGAAACCUCUGGAUAAGUCCUUCACUAACCAAGCAGGCAAAAAGAAAGUUUCCCCUGAUAAGAUGGUAGAGAUGCAAGCAAAGAUUGAAGAGGAGAGAAAAGCUCUUGAAACUAAGCUUGAUAUGGAAGAGGAGGAAAGAAAUAAAGCCAGAGCUGAACUGGAGAAGAGAGAAAAAGACCUGCUGAAAGCACAACAAGAGCACCAGUCCCUCUUGGAGAAACUGUCUGCACUGGAGAAGAAGGUGAUUGUUGGAGGAGUGGACUUGCUGGCAAAAGCAGAGGAGCAAGAGAAGCUUCUGGAAGAGUCAAAUAUGGAACUGGAAGAACGAAGGAAGAGAGCAGAGCAGCUUCGCAGGGAGCUUGAGGAGAAGGAGCAAGAACGCCUGGACAUCGAGGAGAAGUACACCAGCCUCCAGGAGGAGGCACAGGGCAAAACCAAAAAGCUGAAGAAAGUUUGGACCAUGCUUAUGGCUGCAAAAUCAGAGAUGGCAGAUCUGCAACAAGAGCACCAGAGAGAGAUUGAAGGACUGCUGGAGAACAUUCGGCAGCUGAGCAGAGAACUUCGUCUGCAGAUGCUCAUCAUAGACAACUUCAUUCCUCAAGGAUGUUGGCAGGAGGAAAAGAUUGAAAACUACGUUCACUGGAAUGAAGACAUUGGAGAGUGGCAGCUGAAAUGUGUGGCAUACACAGGAAACAACAUGAGGAAGCAGACACCUGUCCUGGACAAGAAAGAGAAAGAUCCCUUUGAGGUGGACCUUUCCCACGUUUACUUGGCUUACACUGAAGAAAGCUUGAGGCAAUCGCUGAUGAAGCUGGAGAGACCCAGGACUUCCAAAGGAAGAUCCAGGCCCAAGACUGGUAGAAGAAAACGUUCGGCAAAGCCAGGAGCUGUCAUUGACUCCCUGCUGCAGUAGGUGUGACCUGGUCAGGAUUUGCCUGU